AUGGCAGAUCUUAAAGCAGAAAAUAAAGAGUUUUAUCAAGUUGAUCCGGAUGAAAUAUUAAAGAAGGACAUUAAGACAGAUGAAUCAACAGAGAAACUUAGUAAAAGAAGCAUUAAAAGAAGAUUAAAGAAAAAAAAAUGGGAAGAAACAAAGGCAGAACGACGUAAAUACAAAAAAGAGAGAGACAAGAUUAAGAAAUUAGAAAAAUACAAGAAAUAUGAAGAAUCAGGUGUUCAUCCUAUUAAAUUUAAGAAAAAUCAAAUACCAAGUGGUAUAAAAGUUAUUAUUGAUUGUUCAUUUGACGAUAAAAUGAUUGAUAAGGAAAUUGUGUCAUUAAGCUCUCAAUUGACACGUUGUUAUUCGGAUAAUAGAAGAUGUACAUAUCCGGUUGAACUUUAUGUAACAUCUUUUGGAGGACGACUAGCAGAACGUAUGAAAACAGUUUUAAAAAGUCAAUACAUGUCUUGGAGAGGAAUAGAAUUUUUUGAUGAAAGUUAUGAUUCAUUAUAUGGAAAAGAAGGUUUUAGAAAGGAAGAUUUUAUAUAUUUAACAGCAGACUCAGAAAACACUAUUCAUGAAUUGAAUGAAAAUAAAAUAUACAUCAUUGGAGGGCUUAUUGAUAAGAAUCGGUAUAAAAAUUUAUGCCUAGAUAAAGCUAAAAGUCAAGAUAUAUAUACAGCACAGCUUCCAAUUGAAAAUUAUAUAAAAAUGGCAUCAAGAAAAGUACUUACGGUUAAUCAGGUCUUAGAAAUAAUGCAUCAAUGGAUGGAGACCAAAGAUUGGGAAAAAGCUUUUUUAAAUGUGAUUCCUUCAAGAAAACUUCCUCAAAGUAAAAUAAAUAAUACUGAUCAUCCACCUAAAGAUUUAGAAACAAGUUCAUUAAUACUUGAAGAUAUAGGGAAUUUAUCACAAGAAGUCAUUAGUGAGAUCAGUGAAUGA